AUGGACAAAGCACUCGACGCCGGCCUCACUCGCCACACCCCCUUCCAAGUGCUGUGCGACCGGUUGCAGAGGCUGUUCCAACCUCCCUUGACCAUAGAGGAGGCUAUCGACCAGUUGCUGAAACGCUCCUUAGGGAGCGAUGAGACUCCUCGGCAGUUCGCCGACGCCUUACUGCAGCUGGCACGCGAUGCUUAUCCCUCUCUCUCUGCGGCCGAUAGAGACCAAGUGGUCCUUUUCCACUUCAAACGCGGUCUCGGGUCUCCAGAAGUGACGUAUUCCCUGAGGAUCCAGCCACCGGGCGACCUCAAUGAAGCAAUCCAGCGAGCAUCCCGCAUGCUGACAACCGACUCCCUAUCAGAGGCUAAUCACGCCCGGACUGAACCGUGGAAACACAACCCAGACCGCAGGCAGCAGAGCAGCACCUGGACCAGACCACACUACCCGCCGUCACAACGCUUCAACCGCGGCAGCCGACCCCCUAUGUUCCGCACGCCCUAUCGACCCCCACCGCCCAACACCGAGCCAAGACAAUUCCGGGGGAAUCGAGACAGUACAGCGGCGGCGAUUACUAAGGAAGGUAACCAUAUAAUUCCCGUCUGCUUUGAUUAUACGUCACAUAAUUUGCCGUUUUACACGACACUCUACCUAGACAACAAACCCGUCAAGGCACUAGUCGACACAGGGGCCACCACAUCGUUAGUUCGGGCAGAGGUAUUAGACGCUAAGUGGCUUAACCUCGUCAGACAAAGCGGCCACUCACCUCACCUCAAAACCGCAGACGGGUCACCCAUGACCACGUUAGGGUCGGUUCGACUGCCCAUCUCAUUCCCGGCCAGCGUUAAGGAAAAACCUUUCGUCGUCACUCACAAGAUGUCGUGGGACAUGUUACUCGGGCUAGAUUUCCUUUCUGCACAUAACUGCUGUAUCAUGGUCAAAGAUCGCAUACUUUCCUUAGGACAUAUGUCAGCGUCUAACAACCCGCCAGGCACCGAGUUUGACGAGGAAGCCACCUGCGCGGCCAUCGCAGCAUCAGUUGCCUUAUCACCCACAAGCGUAGACACGGUCUUACCCCCAGACGAUACAGUCGCCCUCACAGACAAGGAAGAAUUAAGGUCACUCCUGACUGCGUUUAGCGAUGUUUUCGCAUGGGACGAUACCUCCUUAGGUCGCACAGCUGUCAUCCGUCACAGCAUUGACACAGGAACGUCGAAGCCGCUGUGGCAACCACCACGCUUAUUCCACCACACUUUCAGAUGGAGGUGAACGACCUAAUUCAAACGAUGCUGACCACAGGGAUAAUCCGCCCCUCCAGAUCGCCAUGGGCAUCGCCCGUGACAUUAGUGCCAAAAAAGACGGCAGACUCCGAUUUUGUAUAGACUAUCGGCGACUUAAUGCGGUCACCACCCGCGAUUCUUUUCCACUGCCAAGAAUUGAUGUCACACUUGAAGCGCUGGCCGGAGCCCAAUGGUUCUCAACGUUGGACCUUAAGUCCGGUUACUUGCAAGUGGAAGUGGAACCUAGCGACCGCCCCAAAACAGCGUUCAUAUUACCACAAGGGCUCUUUGAAUUCGAAACCAUGCCGUUCGGGCUAUGCAACGCCGCCGCAACUUUUCAACGACUGAUGCAGUCCGUGCUGGCCCACUUAUACCCUCACAGCUGUUUGAUAUACCUCGACGACGUGAUCGUGUUUGGACGCACGGCCCGGCAACAUAACGCUAACCUCGCCGCGGUACUCUCUGCUCUCCGAGAUGCCGGCUUGCGUUUAAACCCACAGAAGUGCAAGUUUCUGUGCCAGAAAGUUACCUUUCUUGGUCGCGAAGUCAGCCCGCAUGGCAUACAGGCGUCACAGGAAAAAGUAGAGGCAGUCAGAUCAUGGCCUACGCCGAAGACCCCAACAGAAGUCAGAGGCUUUAUCGGCCUAGCCUCCUACUAUCGCCGCUUCAUCCUUCACUUUGCGGAGCUCGCACGCCCACUCCAUCGGCUGACCGAAAAGGGUCGGCCAUUCUCGUGGACCGACGAUUGCCAACAGGCCUUCGAUGAGUUAAAAGCAAAACUCACAUCGGCACCGAUAUUAAUGCUGCCUGACACGAGUCCGGAGGCCCCGCCCUUCAUUCUCCACAGCGACGCCAGCGGGUUCGCGAUCGGGGCGUAA